GGAAAAUGCAUAACAAUUUGUAUGAAAUCGUGCGUUGCCAACAAUUGUUGCGAAUUGCGCUUCUUUUCUGUGUAUUUUUCUAAUUUUUUUAAGAACAAGUGAUUAAAUGAAUGAUAACAUAGUAUCCACCUUUGAGCUGGGCGACGUUCUAGCCACCCGCUGUGGAAACACACUCACCGGCGUUUUUGUGCCGGGCUCAAAAAUAGCCAUCAGUGCCUACCGUCACGUCAAGUGGAACUCACGAGAUGCCCCCACCGAAACAGCCGGCCAGGAUCCCGUGCUCAUCUAUCUGGCACAGGAGACUACACUGUUUGAAGAGCCUGUUCUGCGAAGUCUGCUGGCCGAGUCGAACGUGACAUUUGCAACUCUGCAAGAGCUGGGCCUGAAGGCAUCAAGGGCGGAAUAUCUGAGAGUUUCACUCGCAUAUCGCAGCUUGGUGCGGGCCUGCCUUGAGAGGCUGGAUCAUGCCAAAAAGACGCCUGAGGUGCAGAGCGAUGAAGACCGGCUGCAACGCAUCUCCGAAACCAUCAUUGUCUUCUAUGCUGCAGAGUGUCUCUGGCAUCUCUUUGAGAUUCUCUACAUGCAGCAAAAUCAGCACGUUGUGCCCCAGCUGCUUGACUGGGCACGCUUUUAUGCACCGCAAAUCGAGGACCGAGCCACCGAUUUUUUUCUUAUGGAGGCGGGGGCCAGCGAGAAUGAUGACUACUGGGACGUUCUGAAGUCUCUAGUCAUGGUGGGCGCACUGGACGUCACUCGUGCCAUCCUAGUCCAGAACCGCAAGGCCAGCCAGCCAGCAUUCAAGGCAGCCGAACUGAUACUCACAUCAAUGCCCGUGUAUCAAGAAGGAGUUCCACUGAAGAAGUUUCACUCGCAAUGGGAGCAUUGGCAUGUAGAUGCGGAGCGUAAGAUCCAAGCGAAUACAUUUGGCUCUGAGCCAGAGCUCGAGGAGCUCCUUCAGCUGGUCACAGGCAACAAUGAGAAAUGGGAUGCCGGCAUCCAGGAGUCAAGCGAAUGGUACGAAUUCCUGCCUGGCUAUCUGCUCUACACCAAACCCACCUGCAAACCCUUUGAGUUGAAAAUCGCUGCCGCCAAUUGGUUGAACAGAUGGACACUGCUCCAUCCCGACAGGCAGCUAAACAACAUGGACCGCAUGAUCUCGCAGCUAAUGGAGCAUGAUCUAAGGCUCUUCAUUUACGAUACCCAGAAGAUCAACGACACCCAUUGGCUAACCACACAUUUGAUCGAUUUGAUCUACCAUUCUGGCGAGCUUAAGGGCUACUUUGAGCAAAACAACAUUGAUCUUCCGGCACUGCGUCACUCCAUGAUAUACGAGUAUGGCAGCUAUUUGAUGAGCACACGCAGCCUUUGGCAGCUGGGAGUUGAUUACUUGGACUGUUGCAAGCAGGAGGGGAAAGCAGCCAUGGAGCUGCUUCUGCCACGCAUACCGCUGCGUAGCGACAGGCAUGCCCUCAAGCUUAUGAGCGUGGCCCGACAGCGGGGCCUGGUGGAUGUGGAGCAGGAGAUAUGCAAAGUACUAUCCAGACAAUCCUUCGACGAUAGGCGCUAUGGCAGCGCCUUAGAGUGGGCCAUACGCUCCAAGGAUGUCCUGUUGGUCACAGGAAUAGCUGACUUUAUAUUGAAGAACUAUUCCAAAACGGGAAAUAUGCUUUGUCCGGAUGUUAUUGUCAGCAUUGGAAGUCGCAUGUUUAUCUCGCCGCGCUUAGUCUUCCUCUCCAAGUACUUUGAGUUCUACAAGCUUUACCGCAAGCGCGACUUUCUGUCUGCAGUCGAGCUACUGGUUAACCUAUUAGACUCCAAAAUAACUCCAGAUUACUUCUGGCCAUCCUUGCUCAUUGACACUGUUCCGUUGCUGGAGUCGAACGAUCCGAAAAUCUUCUCGAAAGAGACUGUAGCCAUCCUGCAUCAUCUGGAAACGGAGCUGGUUCCCAUUAUAGAGCGUAACACGGACAAAUUAGGAAACAAGAACGCAGAGAGCGUGCUCAAGGAUUACCGCGUGGAAAAUGUAGAUGAGAUUCUCAAUAUAAUGCGCUUGGCCUGCGCACGCAAUUUGGCCAGGGCCCUGGUCAUUGAAAACACACAUAGCAUUUAUAAUUGAAUGAAUGCAUUUGUAGUAUAAUUUAUUUCUGUAUUUUCUUUCCAAUACAUCGUAAUUUGUUAU